CACUCCGGGCCGCGGCCCUGCGCGGGUGUCAUGGCGGCGGCCGGGGCCGGGCCGGGCAUGGAGCCGCUCGCCGCCUCCGUCCGGGAUUUCGUAGCCGGGCAGCAGGACGGCCGCGCCGCGGAGGUGGCGGCAGGGUUGAAAGAUGGAAAGUGGACAGUGCUGCAGCUUGUGGAAGCCCUGGGGUUUUGCCUGGAGAACACAGAUCCUCGGACACGAGGGCGAGGCAUCCAGCUGUUGUCACAAGUCCUGCUCCAGUGUUACUCCCUGCUCCAGGAGAAGGAAGUGCUGCAUCUUGUCCUGUUCUACGAGAGCCGGCUGCAGGACCAUCACCUGGUGAUCCCAUCUGUGCUCCAGGGACUCCGAGCCCUAAGCAUGUGUGAGGUGCUGUCCCCAGGGCUAGCGGUGUCUGUGCUCAAAGCCAUUUUCCAAGAGGUACAUGUGCAGUCCUUACUGCAGCUGGACCGACACACAGUCUACAGCAUCAUCACCAACUUCAUGAGCACCAGGGAGGAAGAGCUGAAGGGCCUGGGUGCCGACUUCACCUUUGGCUUCAUCCAGGUCAUGGACGGAGAGAAGGAUCCCCGCAAUCUGCUGGUGGCCUUCCAGAUUGUGCGUGAUCUCAUUACCAAAGACUAUGCCCUGGGUCCCUUUGUGGAGGAGCUGUUUGAAGUUACGUCCUGCUACUUCCCUAUUGAUUUUACUCCACCCCCCAAUGAUCCUCAUGGCAUCCAGAGAGAAGACCUGAUCCUGAGUCUCCGGGCCGUACUGGCUUCCACACCCCAAUUUGCUGAGUUUCUUCUCCCUCUGCUUAUUGAGAAGUUGGACUCAGAACUGCAAAGUGCCAAGCUUGACUCCCUGCAGACUCUGACUGCCUGCUGUGCCAUCUACGGGCAGAAGGAGCUGCAGGAAUUCCUCCCCAGCCUCUGGUCAUCCCUGCGCAGAGAGGUGUUCCAGACAGCGAGCGAGAAGAUUGAGACGGAAUGCCUGGCCACACUGCAUGCCCUCUCUGCCUGCCUCUCCCGCUCUGUGCUCAGCUCUGAUGCCGAGGAUCUGCUGGAUUCCUUCCUCAGCAGCAUCCUGCAAGAUUGCAGGCACCAUCUGUGCGAGCCCGACAUGAAGCUGGUGUGGCCCAGUGCCAAACUCUUGCAGGCAGCAGCGGGUGCCUCCCUCCGCACCUACCACCGUGUCACCCGCAGUGUCCUGCCCCUGCUGCUGGAGCAGUACACCAACCACCCGCAGAGCAGCCAGAGGAGGACAAUCCUGGAAAUGCUGCUGGGCUUCCUCGAGUUGCAGCAGAAGUGGGGAUAUGUGGAAGAAGAUGAGAGCGCUCUGCUGUCACUCCAAGCCCCGGUUUGUUCUGUGGUGUUCUCGGCGCUGACGGAUCCCAGUGUGCAGCUGCAGCUGGUUGGGAUCAAGGCACUGACUCUCCUGGGCUCCCUUCAAGGCUUUUUGUCUUCCUCUGACCUGGAGCUGGUUGUGGACCACCUCAUCCGUCUCGCUCUGCAUGAGGAGGAUUCCCAGAGCAGUGAAGCAGCGAUGGAGGCAGCUGGGUCCUUGGCCCCCAUCUACCCAAAGGUUUUCUCUGGACACAUGGUACCUAGGCUUGAAAAGGAGCUGCAGUCAGAGCGGGAGGAGAGCUCCCACAGCCACUGCUCCCUGCAGCAACGCUGCCUGCAGGCCCUGGCAGCCGUGUCCACCCACACCAGCAUUGUGAGGGAGACUGUCCCUGUCCUGCUGCAGCAUCUCCAGAAGGUGCAGAAAGGGAGCGAGGCUGGGAACACCCAGGACAUGGUCUCUGUGUGCCAGAGCCUGCACCGUGUGGCCCUGCAGUGCCAGCAGGAUGCAGAGGGUUGCUGGUACUUCCACCAGACGGUGGUGCCAUGCCUCCUGGCCAUGGCUGUGCAGGCAGCCAUGCAAGAGAGCACCCACCUACUGCUGGGCAAGGCACUGCUGGAGGAAGAGGUGCUGGCAGCCAUGGUCCCAGUCAUCAGUGCUGCCACCACUCACCUGAGUCCUGAACUGGCUGCCCAGAGCGUGUCUCAUGUGAUCUCCCUCUUUCUGGAUGGAGAGGUCUCCUUCCUACCCCAGAACAGUUUUCCUUCCUCCUUCCAGCCUUUUGGGGAUGGGGAGUGCUUGGAGGCACAGAGACGCCUGGUUGCCCUCCUCAUGGCCUUCAUCUGCUCCUUGCCCCGCAAUGUGGCAAUUCCUCAGCAGGAGUGGUUGCUCCGGGAGCUGCUGGCACUGAGCUGCUCCUGCAACUGCCCUUUCACAGCCACCACAGCUGCCAAGUGCUUUGCGGGGCUGGUGAACAAGCACCCAGCAGGGCAGCAGCUCGAUGAGAUCCUGCAGCUUGCAGUGAACAGGAUGGAGCCCGGCCUUGCCGAGGGACCCUGCCGAACGCAGGCGCUCACCUUGCUGCUCUGGGUGACCAAAGCCCUGGUGCUGCGCUACCACCCCCUGAGCUCCUGCCUGACAGACAAGUUGCUGGGCCUGCUGGGUGACACAGAGCUGGGCCCAGCUGCGGCCGACGGCUUCUCCCUGCUCAUGGCUGAGUCCCCAGACGUGCUGCACAAGGGCUGCCACGCCGACGUGCGCAUCAUGUUCCGCCAGCGCUUCUUCACUGACAACGUCCCCAAACUGGUGCAGGGCUUCCACGGGGCUGGUCCCGACGUGAAGGCCAAUUACCUGAAGGGCCUGUCCCAUGUGCUCAACCACCUCCCCAAACCUGUGCUGGUGACAGAGUUGCCCACGCUGCUUUCUCUCCUGCUUGAGGCCUUGUCCUGCUCAGACCGUGUGGUUCAGCUCUCCACACUGAACUGCCUCCAGCCGCUGCUGCUCGAAGCUCCCCAGAUCAUGAGCCUGCAUGUCGACACACUGGUCACCAAGUUCCUCAACCUCACCUCCAGUCCCACCAUGGCUGUCCGCAUCGCUGCCCUGCGCUGUGCCCAUGCACUCACCUGCCUGCCCACACCAGUGCUGCUCCCAUACAAGGCCCGAGUUAUCCGGGCACUGGCCAAGCCUUUGGAUGACAAAAAGAGGCUGGUGCGGAAGGAGGCGGUGGCAGCACGGGGGGAAUGGUUCCUGCUGGGGAGCCCAGGCAGGUGAGUGCCCUGCAUCCCCUUCCUGCGCUGACCGACAAUCCUACUGGUGCCCUGCUAACCUGCCAAGCCAUCCAACUGAUGCUGUGGACCCUCAGAGCCCAAUGCUGCCCUGAGUGCCAGGGCUGGAGCGCAGAGGCCAGCAGAAAGCACCUCUCACUGCAGCACCUUCCCAGUACCCACAGCAGGGAAGGAGCUGUGCUGCUCAUGGCUUGUCCACCCUCUGCUGCAGCCAGGGACAGUGAUGGACAGACCUGCCACACGUGAGUGGAAAGGACAGGUCUGUGCACACGUGUGGUGUGUGAUAACCCACGUGCCAGAGGAAUAAAUAUAUCUGUUUUGGUAAUUCUCCGAGGGCCUCCAUGCAGCUCGGGCUGGGACUUCAGUGCCCCUUCCAUAUGUUGAGCAGCUUAAGGUGCUGCUGGUUACAUGCCCUGCCCUUUAUCCUCUUU